AUGGCGACUUCUUUGAUUUCCAAGCGAUUGCGCUCAACGGAGGAGACUCAGGAUGCCGAACCCAGUUGGAUUCGUCGACAGAUCACCUCCGGCUUGCAAUGCAUCUCGCGUCGCGCCUGUAUACACCCCAUCCACACCAUUGUGGUCAUUGCGCUGCUUGCCAGCACCACCUACGUGGGGCUCCUGGAAGGCAGCUUUUUGGACUCCAAGAACCCUCGGAAUGUUGCCGGUCAGGUCGACAUUGAUGCCUUGCUCCAAGGAAGUCGGAGCUUGCGACUAGGCGAGUCAACCUCGUGGAAGUGGCAAGCGGAAGACACCUGGGUCAACUCGGAGGACAUUAAGGAGCCGGCUGUCAACCACUUGGCUUUGUCGACAUUCAUCUUCCCCGAUUCCACCUCCAAGUCUGCCCCGUCCGCCGUCAAUGUCCCGUUCCCUUCCAACCUCUCUGCCUACUCGGUUCCCUACACCCCCAACCUUUUCACCUCCUUUUCCCACGACUCGGCUCUUGCCUACACCGUGCCCUUUGAGCAGGUUUCGGACCUCCUCAAGUCCGUCCAGGAGAUUGCGGACCCGUCUUCCAAUGGUGCCGAGGCCGAGCCCAAGAAAUGGAUCAUGAGAGCCGCUCGUGGUGCUGCGGGUUCCCGCACUGCCCUCGUGCUAUGGUUCACUGAUGCUUGGAACUCCUUUGUGGAUCUCAUCAAGCAUGCCGAGACCAUUGACAUUGUGAUCAUGACCCUUGGAUACAUCUCGAUGCACCUUAGCUUCUUGUCGCUCUUCUUCUCCAUGAGACGUCUGGGCUCCAACUUCUGGCUCGGUGCCACAGUCCUCAUCUCGGGAUCCUUUGCCUUCCUCUUCGGUCUUUUGGUCACCACCAAACUUGGUGUGCCAAUUAACCUCCUUUUGCUCUCCGAGGGUCUGCCUUUCCUGGUUGUCACCAUUGGUUUUGAGAAGCCGAUCAUGUUCACCCGGGCCGUUCUCAAGGCAUCGGUGGACAGCCGUCGCCCUGGUCCAGGUGCUGCUCCUCGCCCUCUGUCUUCUAGCACCCCUGGCUCCAUUCAAGAUUCCAUUGCUACUGCCAUCAAGCAGCAAGGUUUCGAGAUCAUCCAGCACUACUGCAUUGAGAUUGGUCUCUUGGCUCUUGGUGCUGCCUCUGGCGUACAGGGCGGUCUUCAGCAAUUCUGCUUCCUCGCGGCUUGGAUUCUGUUCUUUGACUGUGUGCUGCUCUUUACCUUCUACACCACCAUUCUCUGCAUCAAGCUUGAGAUCACCCGCAUUCGUCGCCAUGUUGCCCUGCGCAAGGCUUUGGAGGAGGACGGAAUCACCCACAGCGUCGCUGAGAGCGUUGCAUCCAGCAAUGACUGGCCCAACUUGGGCUCGGCUGGCAAUGAUGGUGACACCAACAUCUUUGGUCGCAAGGUCAAGUCGAGCAAUGUCCGUCGGUUCAAGAUCUUGAUGGUUGGUGGUCUGAUCUUGAUCAAUGUUGUCAACCUGUCAGCUAUUCCCUUCCGGAACACUGGUAACGGUGCCCUGAUUUCCCGCCUGUCUAACUUUAUGGCUCCUACCCCUAUCGACCCCUUCAAGGUUGCUGAGAACGGUCUGGAUGCUGUUUACGUCGCUGCCAAGAGCCAAAAGCAGGAGACAAUGGUUACCAUUCUUUCGCCCAUCAAGUACAAGCUGGAGUACCCCUCUGUCUACUACGCGGGCGAAGAGACCGGUGCCUUCGAUAUCGAGUACACUGAGCAGUUCCUUGACACCGUUGGUGGCAAGGUCCUCGAAAGCCUUCUCAAGAGCGUGGAGGACCCCUUCAUUAGCAAGUGGAUCAUUGCCGCUUUGACCCUGAGCAUCAUUCUUAACGGAUACCUGUUCAAUGCCGCCCGCUGGAGUAUCAAGGAGCCUGAACCGGCCCCUGCUCCCGCGGAGCCCGUCGCUCCCAAGGUGUACCCCAAGUUCGAGCCUAACGAGCAGGAGUCUACUCGCACUGCUACCGAAUGUGAACUGAUGCUCAAGGAGAAACGUGCCCCUAUGCUCACCGACGAUGAAUUGAUCAGCCUUUCUCUGCGUGGUAAGCUGCCUGGGUAUGCUCUGGAGAAGAGUAUGGAGGAUGAGAACUUGAUGAGCCGCGUGGACGCUUUCACCCGUGCCGUCAAGAUUCGUCGCUCUGUUGUCUCUCGCACUCCCGCUACCUCUGGAAUCACCAGCUCCCUCGAACACUCCAAGCUCCCAUACCAAGGAUACAACUACGGUCUUGUCCACGGUGCCUGCUGUGAAAAUGUUAUUGGUUAUUUGCCUCUCCCUCUUGGUGUUGCUGGCCCCAUCAACAUUGAUGGCCAGAACUACUUCAUUCCCAUGGCCACUACUGAAGGUGUGUUGGUCGCCAGUACCAGCCGUGGUGCUAAGGCUAUCAACGCUGGUGGUGGUGCCGUUACUGUUUUGACCGGCGACGGUAUGACUCGUGGUCCUUGUGUGAGCUUCCCGACCUUGGCUCGGGCUGCUGCUGCCAAGGUUUGGAUUGACUCGGAAGAAGGCCGAAGCAUCAUUUUCUCCGCUUUCAACUCAACAAGUCGUUUCGCUCGUCUUCAGACUCUCAAGACCGCUCUCGCUGGUACCUACCUCUACAUCCGAUUCAAGACCACCACUGGUGAUGCCAUGGGCAUGAACAUGAUUUCCAAGGGUUGUGAGAAGGCACUUGAUGUCAUGGGCAAGGAAUGUGGCUUCGAUGACAUGUCCAUUAUCUCGCUGUCAGGUAACUUCUGUACCGACAAGAAGGCUGCUGCUAUCAACUGGACUGAUGGCCGUGGUAAGUCUGUUGUGGCUGAGGCUAUUAUCCCGGGAGAUGUUGUCAAGAGCGUCCUGAAGAGCGACGUCGCCGCUUUGGUCGAGCUGAACAUCAGCAAGAACUUGAUCGGAAGUGCGAUGGCUGGUUCCCUGGGUGGUUUCAACGCCCACGCUUCCAACAUUGUUGCCGCUAUAUUCUUGGCUACUGGCCAGGAUCCUGCUCAAGUGGUCGAGAGCAGCAGUUGUAUCACCACUAUGAAGAACAACAACGGUGACCUCCAGAUCGCGGUUUCCAUGCCUUGUAUCGAGGUGGGUACCAUCGGUGGUGGUACUAUCCUUGAGGCUCAAGGUGCCAUGCUGGACUUGCUUGGCGUCCGUGGAGCCCAUCCCACCAACCCCGGUGAGAACGCCCGCCAGCUGUCUCGCAUUAUCGCCGCCUCUGUCCUCGCUGGUGAGCUCAGUCUGUGCUCUGCCCUUGCCGCUGGACACCUUGUCAAGGCCCACAUGGCCCACAACCGUAGUGCGGCCCCAACUCGCUCGUCGACCCCCGUGUCGGCCGCCGUGGGUGCUGCCCGCGGUCUUUCCAUGACCACCAAAUAA